UACCCAAAUUUUCGCACUAAAAUGCCCAUUCUUUUUGAGAAACCAUAAUUAUGCGAGAUGUUGCGGGAAACAUUGAGAUGAUUUUUCUGUGUGAUGAGUCCAUUGCGUUGAGGGGAAUCACCGGCGUGAUCAUGGCGCAUGGCUCAUUGGCAAAUACACCGCAGAGACAUUUUUGUGGAAUAAAUUAAAGAACAAGAUUUCCCGCAUGAAGAUGUGUGGUAUGUUGCAGAUGGAACGUUCUUGGGAUUUUUUCUUUUACUUGCGGAUUAUCCACAGUUGCAAUCAAGUAAACAAGUUCACCUGCAGAAGAUUGCUGCACAAGAGGGAUAAAAAAGAUCUUUCCCUUUUGAUGGGGAAGACUGUGAGGAGAACUUUGGGAAGGAAUAGCCAAUUUAAUUGAAAUAAAAAUCAAGAGAGUGGGGGAUUCCGCACACGUAUAGUCGUAUCGUCGUCUGGUCAUCGUCUGUGCGGGUUUCUUUGGUGGAGCUCUUGCUGAAGACAGCGGACUUCACGGUACACUUCCACAAUACUACAGUCUCAUUUGGGCUCUUAACGAAAUCACAAGCACUGCUGGAAGUUGGAGUUGUGGUGUGUUUUGCCAUUAAUUGCUCAUAAGUCUUUCCCACCCUGUCUUGCCUAUAAAACUAAGCAUCGACCGGAAAGGCAGAUUCAGUGUUGAAAUCAGUGCUCAGUGAUGUGUUUCCGUUUUAUCACACAAAGAACUUUUUCAAGGAAAAUGUAGAAUCUUUCAGUGAAAUAGAAUUCAUUUCUAUUUAAGCUCUCUCAAAAGCCAAAAUUAAUUUAAUUUCUUAUUAAGAAAUUUUCUCUGUGCACACAAUGUGCUUUAAAGACUUUUUAUUUAUCAUGUGCUUUGCAAUGACCCGAAAGAUUUUUUUCUCUGAAUGAUUUUUCUUCAUUUCGCGUGUGUCUCAAGAAAACAAAUCUCAAGUACUUUUGGUGUACUCUCUGUGAGAGAUAAAUAAAUAAAAAUAAAAUCAAACUUAAUGUGACAAAAGCAGUUACAAUUUGUGCCUUAAAAAAUAAAAUCUUCAAUAUAAAUCCCUGAAUCACUUGAGAUUUACUGCAAGAAGUAUUCGGGAUUUUAUUAUAAUUAAUUUUAUUUUAAGUAUUUGUGUGUAAUUAAAGUUAUUACGUGUUGUGUGUGCCUUUAAAAAUGAUCAUCUUAACGCUCUUACCCGUAGUAUUAUGUCUCACAAAUAUUGCCUCUGCCUGGGAUGACUUCAAUUACUAUGACCCCUAUCCAGAUUAUUUGUACAACAAUCGACGAUCCUACAGGAGGUACGAUAGCCACGAGGAGGACAUCUUCGACAGGCCGUGUCAGUGCAUAAAAUUAAAAUACUGCCAAUCAUUCAUUGAUAUCCUCUCGCGCACAACAACCACAACAAUCUCCCCAAUUCUCGCAAAGAAAUUCCGAAAAGCCUCCUGUGGAUUCCGCAAUGCUGAGCCUGUUGUGUGCUGCCCAACACCCAGCACACGGUAUGGGCGAUUUAAUAUAAAUAAACGCGAUCGUGGACCAACAACGGAGGAAGCGUGGGUGUGGGAUGUGGAGAAGGAGGACAGGGACACAAGCAAUGAGGGCUAUGAUGGUUGGGCUGGCCCAAAGAAUCGUUUCAAUCCCAACAACUUCCACCACUAUGAUCAUCAUGAUUACGACCGAAAGCCCGGGGGAAAGUGGAGAAAUUCCUACCAUCCCCACUUUGAGGAUCCCGACACACGGAAAAAUUGUCCUCCAGGAUUCUCCAAAGAGUUCGAUCUCCCAGAAACGGUUACUCCCGUUGCUGAUGAUGCAGCAAUAAGCACCACCGCUACACCUGAAGUGUCAACAAUGGACACAAAACUCUCCCUGAUAAAUUCGGAAUUGUGUGGAAUUUCAGUGAAUACGAGAAUCAUCGGAGGAGAAGAUGCUGGUCCAGGACAAUUCCCAUGGAUGGCAAGGCUGGCAUAUAGAAAUUUGACGUCUGGAAAGGUAACAUAUCGAUGUUCUGGAUCAGUAAUAUCAGAUAGAUAUAUUGUGACGGCAGCUCAUUGUGUACGAAAUUUAAUUGAUGAUCUUCAGGUAGUUAUGGUGCGAUUGGGUGAAUUGGACACGCGGUCAGAUAUUGACUGUAAUGCCGAGCAAACAAGGUGCACAGAAGCACAAGAUUUUGAAAUUGAGAGGAUUAUCCCGCAUUCAAUGUACGACACACCAAAAUAUGCAAAUGAUAUUGCGCUCAUUCGGCUGAGAAGACGCACAAAUUCAUCCUUCAUAAGUCCUCUGUGCCUACCCACUGGUCAGUACGCCAAUGUACCACAAAAUGCUGACACGAGGGCCAUUAUUGCCGGUUGGGGAUCGAUGACCGCAGCGAGCAAUACCCCAAGUCCAACGCUUCAGUGGGUGAGAUUGCCAAUUGUGGAUAACACAGGAUGUGCCGAUGCCUAUAGGCGCUUCAGUGCAAAUUCCCGGACUCCCAUUAUCGUCUCUGAUGCCCAGAUGUGUGUCCAAGGUAGAGAGAAUAUGGACGCGUGUCAAGGUGACAGUGGUGGCCCACUAAUGAGUGAGGGUGUUCCAGGUGCCGAGCGGUAUACCCUACUAGGUUUAGUCUCCUUUGGACCACGUACCUGCGGUGUGUCAAACUUCCCCGGCGUCUACACACGAAUAUCCUCGUAUAUUGAUUGGAUUAUGGAAAAUAUACAAGUUUGAUAUUCAUUCACUAAAAAAAAACUUUUAGUUCUUACACGUUCCCUCACACAAUAGACUUUCUCAACAUUGUGAUGUUUAAGAGAUUUUUUUGCAAUAAAAUAAAGAAAAUCUACCUCCAGAAUGUAAAUAAAAAUCCCAAAAAACUUUUUAUUUUUAAACGUAGAUUUAAGAAGAAAAAGAGAUUAAAGAUAAUGACGUAGGUUUAUAAUUUUUUUAUAUGUAGUGCUUUAUAAUUUAUAGACAAGAAAAUGCUUUAUAUAAUAAAUUGAAAUAAAAAAGUAAACAACAAAGUGUCGGGAAAAUCCCAGACACGAGUUGAAUAUAUAGGAGAAAUAAAUUAAAAUGUUUAGUCCAA